AUGGGCGAAGGUGGACUGCCCCCGGCCUUCCAGCUGCUGCUGCGCGCUUGCGACCAGGGAGACACGGAAACGGCGCAGCGGCUGCUGGAGGCUGGGGCGGUGGAACCGGUGGAGCGAGGCGCGGAGUCCCAGCCAGGCGCGGAGGCGGCGGGGGCCGAGACAGCCGGGCCCGGGGCGACGGCGGCCGGGGCACUGGUGCCCGUGGACUGCUCGGAUGAGGCAGGCAACACGGCGCUGCAGUUUGCUGCAGCCGGGGGCCACGAGCCGCUGGUGCGCUUCCUGCUGCGCCGCGGAGCCUCGGUUAACAGCCGCAACCACUACGGCUGGAGCGCGCUCAUGCAGGCGGCCAGGUUCGGGCACGCAAGUGUAGCACACCUCCUCUUGGAUCAUGGGGCCGAUGUUAAUGCCCAGAACCGGUUGGGGGCCAGCGUGCUAACAGUGGCCUCUCGGGGUGGCCACCUGGGCGUGAUGAAACUGCUUCUGGAAGCUGGUGCUUUUGUGGACCCCUCAAGUGAACAGCUGAGGGCAGGGGGCAGCAGGGAUGAGCUGCUGAACACCACAGCCCUGAUGGCCGCCAUCCAGCACGGGCAUGAAGCCGUGGUGCGUCUGUUGAUGGAGUGGGGGGCAGACCCCAACCACAUUGCUCAGACUGUGGGCUGGAGUCCGCUGAUGCUGGCAGCACUCAGUGGGAGGCUGAGUGUGGCCCAGCAGCUGGUGGAGAAGGGAGCCAAUCUGGACCACCUCAGCGUGCUGGACAAGACCGCCUUCGAGAUUGCGCUUGACCGCAAGCACAGGGACCUUGCGGACUACCUGGACCCACUGACCACCGUCAGGCCCAAGACAGAUGAGGAGAAGAAGCGGCCUGGUAUUUUCCAUGCAUUGAAAAUGGGAAACUUCCAGCUGGUCAAGGAGAUUGCCGAUGAAGACCCCAACCAUGUGAACAUGGUUAAUGGUGACGGGGCGACCCCUCUGAUGCUAGCCGCUGUCAUGGGUCAGCUGCCUCUGGUGCAGCUGCUGGUGGAGAGGCAUGCCGAUGUGGACAAGCAGGAUAGCGUGCACGGCUGGACCGCCCUCAUGCAAGCUACCUAUCACGGGAAUAAAGAAAUCGUCAAAUAUCUGCUAAACCAAGGAGCUGAUGUCGCCCUUCGAGCAAAGAACGGAUACACGGCCUUUGACCUCGUGAUGCUGCUGAAUGAUCCCGACACCGAACUUGUUCGACUGCUGGCAUCUGUCUGCAUGCAGGUGAAUAAAGACAAAGGCCGGCCCAGCCACCCCUCGCCCCCACUCCACUCAAAGGCCAGGCAGCCCUGGAGCCUCCCAGUCUUGUCGGAUGACAAGGGUGGAUUGAAGUCCUGGUGGAAUCGCAUGUCUAAUCGAUUCCGGAAGCUGAAGUUAAUGCAGACGCUGCCCCGUGGACUAUCCAGCAACCAGCCUUUGCCUUUUUUGGAUGAGCCUGAGCCAGCACUGGACUCCACCAUGAGAGCAGCCCCCCAGGACAAGGCCAACCACUCUGGGCUCCCUGAUGUGGCUCCCAUCACCAAAGACAAUGGUCCUGGGAGCACAAGAGGAGACAAGGAAGACACAUUAUUGACGACCAUGCUUCGAAACGGAGCCCCCUUCACCAGACUCCCAAGUGACAAGCUGAAGGCAGUGAUCCCCCCUUUCUUACCCCCUUCCAGCUUUGAACUGUGGAGCUCCAAUCGGUCCCGGACAUGUCGCAACGAGAAGACAGACCCCAUGAAGACUGUGCUGCCCCACAGAGCCAGCAGGGGCCACGCCAUGGGCGGGAGCAUGGAUACUGCUUCCAUCAGGCCCGUUAAAUUCCCAAGUCUUUCCAGAAGCCCAGCAUCUCCCACCAAUUCUGGAAACUUCAACCACUCUCCUCAUUCCUCAGGCGGCUCCAGCAGCAUAGGGGGCAUUAGCAGGCACAGUGGGGAGCUGCAUAACCGCUCAGGUGGCAGCAUAGAUAAUGUCUUGUCCCAGAUUGCCGCUCAGAGGAAGAAAGCAGCCGGGUUGUCGGAGCAGAAGCCUAGCCAGCGGACCAGUCCUGUUGGGCCAGCACCAGGGUCCAGCCCAUCGGAGCUCCCGGUUUCUCCAGCAGUGGGCAGCGUUCCCAGCAACAAGAAAUUAGAGACAGACAGAAGGCCUCAGUCAGGAACAUCGACUACCUCCAAAAGCACCUCCCCCACCCUCACACCCUCGCCUUCACCCCAGGGGCACACUGCCGAGUCCUCUGUGUCUUCGUCCUCGUCCCACCCGCAGUCCAAGAGCAGCGGGGGAUCCAGCAGUGGCACCAUCACAGACGAGGAUGAGCUGACUGGAAUCCUUCAGAAAUUAUCACUUGAGAAAUACCAGCCCAUUUUUGAGGAACAAGAGGUGGACAUGGAAGCCUUCCUCACGCUCACCGAUGGCGACUUGAAGGAGCUGGGGAUCAAGACAGAUGGAUCCAGGCAGCAGAUUUUGGCAGCGAUAUCUGAAUUGAACGCAGGCAAGGGACGAGAGAGACAAAUUUUACAGGAAACCAUUCACAACUUCCAUUCCUCCUUUGAGAGCAGCGCCAGCAACACCAGGACUCCUGGAAACAAUCCCUGUAUGAAUGCCAAGGCCACUCUCUUAAACAACGUGCUAUCUCAGACCCAGCCUCCUGGGGGACCCCACCUGUGA